CUUCCGGCAACUCCGCGGGAAGGAAGCGCUGGCCGGGCCUCUCGGGCCCAGGGGACCCUGGCUGCGCGCGGGGUGCUGCGGCUGCGGCUCGGCUCCUGCCCUUACAGCUUGCCGCGGCUUCAAACUUGCAGGGUCGCCUCCUACGCUGCCCGGCUGCGUGCGAAGUGCCUCACUUGCGCGGUGUUUAAUGGCUCCUGUACGGUGUGAUUAGGCGCCUUUGUGAACCCGUUUUACAGAUGAGGAAGCUGAGACCCGGAGGAGCCCCACACAGCAGAGAAAAGACGAUCGGGAAUCAAACUCAGGCCUCUGCACAUUUCCCUCCUCCUAACUGGGAGAAGACCCACCGGCUGAAUGGCAGCUGUGGAUAACUUGCAAUUUGAAGAAUUUGGUGAUAUACCCACUUCGUUAGCAGCAAACCCAGAUGCCACCACGAUAAGCAUUGAGGAUCCUGGUGAAACCCCAAAACAUCAGUCAGGACCUGCAAGAGGCUCAGGAAGAGAAGAGGAUGAUGAAUUACUAGGCAAUGAUGACUCUGACAAAACUGAGUUGCUUGCUGGACAGAAGAAAAGCUCUCCCUUCUGGACAUUUGAGUAUUAUCAAACAUUCUUUGAUGUGGACACUUACCAGGUCUUUGACAGAAUAAAAGGGUCUCUUUUGCCAAUACCCGGGAAGAACUUUGUGAGAUUAUAUAUCCGCAGCAAUCCAGAUCUCUAUGGGCCCUUUUGGAUAUGUGCCACAUUGGUCUUUGCCAUAGCAAUUAGUGGGAAUCUUUCCAACUUCUUAAUCCAUCUGGGAGAGAAGACAUACCAUUAUGUGCCCGAAUUCCGCAAAGUGUCCAUAGCAGCCACAGUCAUCUAUGCCUAUGCCUGGCUGGUUCCUCUUGCUCUCUGGGGUUUCCUCAUGUGGAGAAAUAGCAAGGUUAUGAACAUCGUUUCCUAUUCAUUUCUGGAGAUUGUGUGCGUCUAUGGCUAUUCGCUCUUCAUUUAUAUCCCCACAGCAAUUCUGUGGAUUAUCCCCCAGAAAGUAGUUCGUUGGAUUCUAGUCAUGAUUGCCCUGGGCAUCUCAGGAUCUGUCUUGGCAAUGACGUUCUGGCCAGCCGUUCGUGAGGAUAACCGACGUGUUUCGAUGGCCACAAUCGUGACAAUUGUGUUGCUUCACAUGCUUCUCUCUGUGGGCUGCUUGGCCUACUUUUUUGAUGCACCAGAGAUGGACCAUCUCCUAGCAACUGCAGCUGCUCCUAACCAAACCAUUGCAGCAGCCAAGUUCAGCUAAGAAGAAAAUUCUCUUUCAGAUACUGGCGAGUGUGGUUCUUUUGGACCUGGCAUCUGCUGCGGGAAAGCAGAGUGGCCAAAGCCAGCAGGAAAUGGACAGAUGGUACUGAAGCUCAUCACCUAUUUAAUAAACAGCUGAAUGCUGGGCUGGGGAGUGGCACGGUGAUAGAGUACUUGCCCAGCAUGCCUGGGGCCCUGGGUUUGAUCUCUAG